GCGUUGGACUCGCUGCGUGUUGUACGCUCAGACUUGUUUUGCUAGUGCGUGUUUUCCACAAUAAAUUGAGACGAGCAUAAUUUUGUAAAAUAAUUUAAUUUGCAUUUGAACCUUAGCGCGCCUAGUCGCAUCGGUCGCAUCAGUCGUUGCCUAAGCUGAAGUGCAGCAUGUCGUCGGUGCCGUUGCUGCUCUUGCUGAUGCUCAAUCUGCUGCUGCCCUGCAGCCUGCAGGAAGAGAAUGUGAAUGUGAAUGUGACUAGGAGUGCGGCCACAGUGGAGCCCGCUGCCGCCAGCUACACUACCAAGGCGGGCUGUGAGGCGCUGCUGCAGGGCAACAAUGAGUGCGAGUGCCAGGAUCAGCGCAUCAAGUGUGGCACGGUGACGUUGAGCAGCGCCAAGCAGCUUUAUAGCAUUAGCUGCAGCAUCUUUGAUGCUCGUGGCUUUGGCUACUUGCCGCCCCUUAAGGCUGGUCGGAUUGGACGGCUGACCAUCGACAACUGCGCCAUUCCAGGUGCGAUGACCAUCAGCGAUCUGCUGGACAAGCUGGGCAUAACCAACUAUACAGAGCUGAAGCUGUCCAACUACUACGAGACGCGCGAGGAGCAGGACGAGUUGCUGCAGCAGCGCUUCACCAAUUAUCCGGGGCUGAAAAGGCUAUCGCUCAUCGGCUUCAAGUCCAACCUGCCACCCAACUUUCUCGAGAGGGUCUCGGACAUAACAGACCUCACGCUCAAAGGACGCAGCGAUCUGCCGCCCACACUGCUGCAUCCUCUAAAGAAGCUUACGCAACUCUCCAUAGCAGUGAGAAACAUGGCGAGUGUUGCCAGCGAGAUCUUCGCCCAUCAGACUGAGUUGCAGCAGCUCUCGCUGGACUGUUCGCUCAAGAACAGCAGCGUGGAGAUGUCCUUGCUAAGCUCGCAGGAGCUCUGGCAUAUGACCAAGCUGCGUGGCUUCGAGCUCCACAACUGUGGCGACAAUGUGCCCGCCGAGCUGUUCUGGAAGUCCGAGAAUCUCUCCUACAUCGGCAUACGCAGCAACAUUAGCUACCUGGGCAGGGACUUUCUCAAGGCCCAAAAGCAGCUUUUGCUGCUCCACUUAGAGCGCAAUAACAUAGCUCGACUGCCCAAUGAGCUGUUCCAUCAUUCGCCACUGCUGCUGGAGAUUCACUUGGCGCACAACAAUCUGGAUCGCAUUCAAGGGGGACUAUUUGACAAGCUGGGAAAUCUGCAAGUACUAAAUCUGGAGCAUAAUCCCAUAAGCACCAUAGCCCCGACCGCCUUUGUAGCGGUAUCUACCGCACGGAUUUACAUAGGUGCGCUCUAUAAAAAGAUUCAAGCUGCGGACUGGGCACGUGCUACGAAUGCGACGCUCUGCGAGGAGGAGUUUAUUUAUGGCGUAUGCCUCUACUGCAAGCGCGACGACUACCUGGACCACUUCGCCGAGAAGGAGACCUGCAACAAGGCCAACGAUCCUGGCAAGCUCAUCGAGCGGCUCGCCCGCAAGGCCUUUGAGUAUCACUCGAAGUCCACCAAAAUACCGCACGACAUUUUCGAGGAAAGCUAAGUUCCAACUGAGCGAAAGAGGAGCGAGGAGUGACCAUAAUCCAAAAUAUUAAAUGCAUUUCCGUAUUAGUUUUUAAUUUAAUGUCAAUGGAAUAGAUCUUGCUAAAUACUCAUAUGUGUAAAGUCUAAAAUUUGUAAGCAUAUUACUGAAAUAAAUCGAUUUGCUUCUAAUGAUUC